GGCUCAUGUCUCGUUUCAGUACUACACUUUAGAUUAUAUAAACGUUGAGUAUCGACGGAUCAAUAUUCUGCAAAUAAGGCUCGUUGUUUAAAAUGGCUGAAGUCAUUGAAGAAGUAAACGACAAUGAUGAAAAGAGUGUUUUUGAAACAAAAGGUUUUGAAUGUGAUGAGGUUGUUUUUCAAUUCGAGACUGAAGAAGGGUGUGAGGAAUUAUACGCACCUAAGUCUUUCUUGGCAUUAGCUUCACCUGUGUUUAAGGCUAUGUUUGAAGGAAACUUUAAGGAAAAAUCCGAGGGCGUCGUGGAAAUCACAGAUUUUUCAAAAAAGUAUUUCUUGGAGUUUUUGCUGUGGUGUAAUCCGGGAACUAAGCAGCUGAUUGACAAAUCCAACGUUUUAGAAGUGUUUCCGAUUGCGCACAAAUAUGCCGUGGAACCUUUGAUAGAUUGGUGCGUAGAUGAAAUGAUGAAAUGGCUUAAAAUAUGUCAAUCGAAAGUCGACGCAUCAUACAGUUGUUUGGUUCAAAUCCUGCCCAUGUUGAAGAUCUUACAUGUUGCCGUUCUAUAUUCUUACUCACGUAUCAUAGACCAAGCUAUACAUAGCAUUGCUGGCUGCGGAUCGGGAUACUUUGCUUUUGAAGAAUUUAACAUAAGUAAAGCCAAUAAAAAUAUAUAUGAUCCCAAAUCAGUGCAAUCUACGCACAAAACGUGUGUCAAGCUUUUCCAAAAACUUCCUUCAGACAUUCAAAUAAGAAUUUACAGACAGAGGCUGUUAAAAACAGAUGAGAACAAUUAAGGUAACUUGGUUCGUCAAAAAAGCACAUCUGAAUAUGCACAUAUAAAGAUCGCACACACUUAACAUGUGAUUAUGACAAUAUUAUCUUGAUAAAAUUGGCUAAUAUAAACACACCUACUGUGGUUUGUGGAGGAUAGUGACAGUACCACAACACGGCGGCACUUAUUGAAUCCAUUAAACUUUGCGUACCAAAUAUGUGCAUUGGAGACUGAGUUUCAUAAAGCAUCUAUCUUAUCUUGUUAUUUAAUUUCUAAUAGCGAUCCUUUGCAAAUAAAUCAAAAUAUGGUUUCGUGUAUCAGAUGUUCAAUUACGUAAUUGAGAUGUCUGGUGAGCCCAUAUAUGUGUCCAUCAUUUUUAUCAUGGGAAAUCGCAAAAUAGGCCAUUUCAUAUCAUUUUACAGUUGAAAUAAAGAACAAAACUGUAAACUGCAAUAACCUUCUCAAUAUAAAAAAUACUCUCACUUAUUUUACAGAUUAGUAUAAGCAAGCAUAACCUUUCCAAAUGAUAGCAACAUUAUAUGGAGUUAUCAUGUCUCAGAUACCUUAAACUAUAAUUAUGCCUUUUGAUUCUGAAUCACCACAUAGUAUAGUGAGCAUUUUGAAGAAUACAUUUGCAUUUUCAAGAAAAUAUUAAUCAGUUAAAAAUGUAAAGGUAUGCUGUAUCUUAUAGUUUAUGGAUAAAAUAAACGAAACAAGUAUUGCCCAAUGGAGCGACAUCUUAACUACAAAAAAACAAACGUUUUAAACAGAGCUCUGUAAAAGGUAUGUAAGCAAUGACACAUACUUGAUAUGGAUAUAAUUGCAAAUGUUUUGAAGGGAAACUGUACACUUUCGAUGACGAUUAAGAUAAGAAAAUGACUGUAGAGACCUAUAGUUGAUGCAUCAUGUUUCUAAAUAAAAUGUCGAAACGGAAAACGAGUAACAUACAUCACUUUUCUUGCUGUUUAUUUUUUUUUUUACUUUUUUAUUAUUACGUUCAAAUGAUUAUUAAUUUCAUCCAUUCUUGGGAGGAAUGUUAUUUCCGAUUGUUUGUCCAUUGUUUUUUAAAAAAUGUUCUGAGAUUUUCAACAUAAUUUUAACGUAUUAUUUGGCUAAGAUUGACAUAAGUCACUUAUCAUUUGCGGAUCCGUAAUCUAGUGGUAACACAAUUGUCUGUUAAACCAGGGGUCGCUGGUUCGAUUCCCCGCCGCACCCCUUAAAACACCUAUUUGUUCUCCGGAAGGGAAAGAGCUAUACAGGAGUGGACGUUUAAGAACCAGGGUAACUCUUACCAGGGUUACAUUCUGUCUGUGUACUAUGCUCCAAAAAACCUGAAAUAUUAAUAUAGAUUGGUUUUAUUCGGCUUUUCAUUUUGCUAGUAGUUUUGUUAAGCGAAAGUUUUGUUAGAUGCUUUUUUAGUUAAUGUCUCAGAAGCGGAUGAUUUUGGUAGCAAUGCCUUCAAUUCAGUCUUAUAAUUCAACUCACAGUUGAACAGAUCUCACUUGAUUGAACAAAUGCAGAAACAUUAUUUUAUAUAAUUUCUUUGCGAUAAUACAUUAUGUUUCAAACGUAAACAUGUACAAUUAAAAUCGGAUAAAA